AUGCGAGGGAUGGGCGAGGCUCGGCUCGAGAGGCGAGCAGUGAAGCUCCUCUCCCCUCUCGAACUCCCACAGUCUCCGCGCUUCAAGCAGAUCUUCCAAGCGAAGCUCAUCUCCUUUCGCUCUCCUUUCAAGCAGAGCUUCUUUCACGACGGUCUCCGCGCGUCAAGCAGAGCUUUUCGUUGUUUCGACCUGCCGCUGGCGUGUCCCGGCCUUCCCCAUCAGCUGUCUCGACGUAUCGACCGGGAGCGGUCACAUCCUUUGUUCAACCUUAACCGGUUCAGCCGCGACCUCAACCCGAGGAUGCGGCGGGAGAUGGGGAGUGCGACGGUCGUGAUUCGCGUCUUUCUCGUCGCGCUCUUCACCGCUAGUCACCUGGUCACGGGCAGCGAGGCGUUUGGCUCGAGCCUCAAGGCAGCAGCGGCCACGGCGAGCAAUGCAGUGAGUGACAGCAUCAAGAAAGCAGCAGACAAAGUCAGCAAUGUGGUGGCCGGUAGCAGCACCAAGCAGCCAACGGACCCCGCCGGCAAUCUCCUGACUGAAAACACCAAGCAGACAACAGACGCGGGCAGCAAUCUCCUGACUGGCAGCAACAACAAUGCAGCGGACGCGGGGAGCAGUGGUGUGAGCGACAACAAGAGAAGCGAGAAAGCAGCAGACGCGGGCAGCAAUGUGGUGACUGACAGCAACAAGCAGGCAGCAAACACGGCCAGCAAUCUCCUGACUGAAAACACCAAGCAGACAAUAGACGCGGGCAGCAAUCUCCUGACUGAAAACACCAAGCAGACAACAGACGCGGGCAUCAAUCUCCUGACUGAAAACACCAAGAAGACAACAGACGCGGCCAGCAAUCUCCUGACUGAAAACACCAAGCAGACAACAGACGCGGGCAGCAAUCUCCUGACUGGCAGCAACAACAAAGCAGCGGACGCGGGGAGCAGUGGUGUGAGCGACAACAAGAGAAGCGAGAAAGCAGCAGACGCGGGCAGCAAUGUGGUGACUGACAGCAACAAGCAGGCAGCAAACACGGCCAGCAAUCUCCUGACUGAAAACACCAAGCAGACAACAGACGCGGGCAGCAAUCUCCUGACUGAAAACACCAAGCAGACAACAGACGCGGGCAGCAAUCUCCUGACUGAAAACACCAAGAAGACAACAGACGCGGCCAGCAAUCUCCUGACUGAAAACACCAAGCAGACAACAGACGCGGGCAGCAAUCUCCUGACUGGCAGCAACAACAAAGCAGCGGACGCGGGGAGCAGUGGUGUGAGCGACAACAAGAGAAGCGAGAAAGCAGCAGACGCGGGCAGCAAUGUGGUGACUGACAGCAACAAGCAGGCAGCAAACACGGCCAGCAAUCUCCUGACUGAAAACACCAAGCAGACAACAGACGCGGGCAGCAAUCUCCUGACUGAAAACACCAAGCAGACAACAGACGCGGGCAGCAAUCUCCUGACUGAAAACACCAAGCAGACAACAGACGCGGCCAGCAAUCUCCUGACUGAAAACACCAAGCAGACAACAGACGCGGGCAGCAAUCUCCUGACUGAAAACACCAAGCAGACAACAGACGCGGGCAGCAAUCUCCUGACUGAAAACACCAAGCAGACAACAGACGCGGGCAGCAAUCACUUGACUGAAAACACCAAGCAGACAACAGACGCGGGCAGCAAUCUCCUGACUGAAAACACCAAGCAGACAACAGACGCGGGCAGCAAUCUCCUGACUGAAAACACCAAGCAGACAACAGACGCGGGCAGCAAUCUCUUGACUGAAAACACCAAGCAGACAACAGACGCGGGCAGCAAUCUCCUGACUGAAAACACCAAGCAGACAACAGACGCGGGCAGCAAUCUCCUGACUGAAAACACCAAGCAGACAACAGACGCGGGCAGCAAUCACUUGACAGAAAACACCAAGCAGACAACAGACGCGGGCAGCAAUCUCCUGACUGAAAACACCAAGCAGACAACAGACGCGGGCAGCAAUCUCCUGACUGGCAGCAACAACAAAGCAGCGGACGCGGGGAGCAGUGGUGUGAGCGACAACAAGAGAAGCGAGAAAGCAGCAGACGCGGGCAGCAAUGUGGUGACUGACAGCAACAAGCAGGCAGCAAACGCGGCCAGCAAUCUCCUGACUGAAAACACCAAGCAGACAACAGACGCGGGCAGCAAUCUCCUGACUGAAAACACCAAGCAGACAACAGACGCGGGCAGCAAUCUCCUGACUGAAAACACCAAGCAGACAACAGACGCGGGCAGCAAUCUCCUGACUGAAAACACCAAGCAGACAACAGACGCGGGCAGCAAUCUACUGACUGGAAACACCAAGCAGACAACAGACCCGGGCAGCAAUCUCCUGACUGAAAACACCAAGCAGACAACAGACGCGGCCAGCAAUCUCCUGACUGAAAACACCAAGCAGACAACAGACGCGGGCAGCAAUCUCCUGACUGAAAACACCAAGCAGACAACAGACGCGGGCAGCAAUCUCCUGACUGAAAACACCAAGCAGACAACAGACGCGGGCAGCAAUCUCCUGACUGAAAACACCAAGCAGACAACAGACGCGGGCAGCAAUCUACUGACUGGAAACACCAAGCAGACAACAGACCCGGGCAGCAAUCUCCUGACUGAAAACACCAAGCAGACAACAGACGCGGGCAGCAAUCUCCUGACUGAAAACACCAAGCAGACAACAGACGCGGCCAGCAAUCUCCUGACUGAAAACACCAAGCAGACAACAGACGUGGGCAGCAAUUUCCUGGCUGAAAACACCAAGCAGACAACAGACGCGGGCAGCAAAGGCGUGACCAACAAGAGCAGCGAGAAAGCAGUGGAUGCGGGCAGCAAUGGCGUGAGCGACAACAAGAGCAGCGAGAAAGCAGUGGAUGCGGGCAGCAAUGGCGUGAGCGACAACAAGAGCAGCGAGAAAGCAGUGGAUGCGGGCAGCAAUGGCGUGAGCGACAACAAGAGCAGCGAGAAAGCAGUGGAUGCGGGCAGCAAUGGCGUGAGCGACAACAAGAGCAGCGAGAAAGCAGUGGAUGCGGGCAGCAAUGGCGUGAGCGACAACAAGAGCAGCGAGAAAGCAGUGGACGCGGGCAGCAGUGGUGUGAGCGACAACAAGAGCAGCAAGAAAGCAGUGGAUGCGGGCAGCAAUGGUGUGAGCGACAACAAGAGCAGCGAGAAAGCAGUGGAUGCGGGCAGCAAUGGCGUGAGCGACAACAAGAGCAGCGAGAAAGCAGUGGAUGCGGGCAGCAAUGUGGUGAGCGGCACAGGCAGCGAGAAAGCAGUGGAUGUGGGCAGCAAUGGCGUGAGCGACAACAAGAGCAGCGAGAAAGCAGUGGAUGCGGGCAGCAAUGGCGUGAGCGACAACAAGAGCAGCGAGAAAGCAGUGGAUGCGGGCAGCAAUGGCGUGAGCGACAACAAGAGCAGCGAGAAAGCAGUGGAUGCGGGCAGCAAUGGCGUGAGCGACAACAAGAGCAGCGAGAAAGCAGUGGAUGCGGGCAGCAAUGGCGUGAGCGACAACAAGAGCAGCGAGAAAGCAGUGGAUGCGGGCAGCAAUGGCGUGAGCGACAACAAGAGCAGCGAGAAAGCAGUGGAUGCGGGCAGCAAUGGCGUGAGCGACAACAAGAGCAGCGAGAAAGCAGUGGAUGCGGGCAGCAAUGGCGUGAGCGACAACAAGAGCAGCGAGAAAGCAGUGGAUGCGGGCAGCAAUGGCGUGAGCGACAACAAGAGCAGCGAGAAAGCAGUGGAUGCGGGCAGCAAUGUGGUGAGCGGCACAGGCAGCGAGAAAGCAGUGGAUGUGGGCAGCAAUGGCGUGAGCGACAACAAGAGCAGCGAGAAAGCAGUGGAUGCGGGCAGCAAUGGCGUGAGCGACAACAAGAGCAGCGAGAAAGCAGUGGAUGCGGGCAGCAAUGGCGUGAGCGACAACAAGAGCAGCGAGAAAGCAGUGGAUGCGGGCAGCAAUGGCGUGAGCGACAACAAGAGCAGCGAGAAAGCAGUGGAUGCGGGCAGCAAUGGCGUGAGCGACAACAAGAGCAGCGAGAAAGCAGUGGAUGCGGGCAGCAAUGGCGUGAGCGACAACAAGAGCAGCGAGAAAGCAGUGGAUGCGGGCAGCAAUGGCGUGAGCGACAACAAGAGCAGCGAGAAAGCAGUGGAUGCGGGCAGCAAUGGCGUGAGCGACAACAAGAGCAGCGAGAAAGCAGUGGAUGCGGGCAGCAAUGGCGUGAGCGACAACAAGAGCAGCGAGAAAGCAGUGGAUGCGGGCAGCGAGGCAGCGGACGGGCAGGGCAGCGAGGCAGGAGGUGGUGGUAUCAAUGGCAGCAACAACACUGGCGAUGAUAGCAAUGGCAGCAACAACACUGGCGGUGAUAGCAAUGUCAGCAACAACACUGGCGGUGAUAGCAAUGGCAGCAACAACACUGGCGGUGGCACCACCACUGGCAAUGGCACCACCCCUGGCAAUGGUAGCACUACAGUGAUCCCAGUCAUUUCCCCUGGCAAUGGCACCACGUCAGUGCCCCCAGUGCCUCCAGUGCCUCGCCCCCGGCAUAUCACCAAAGUGGGCACGAUGAUGAAGAUCAAGGGGCGGCAUUUCAGCUUUGACGCGGGCAGCUGCGUGGGCAUUCCGGGCAACACUGGUCGCGGAAAGAAGAAGGUGCAGGUGGUGUGGCAGCUGGGGGCCAUGAUGCCACAGCAGGUGCAGGCGGUUGGGUGCCGGAGGAUCGAGUUCUUUGCGGCGCCGGGCUGCAAGGGGAAGGCUGUGAAGACCCUGGUGAAGGGCACACGCUCUAAGAAGAUUGGUAAAUCAUUGAAGUCUGCUCGCUGUGUCACUGGUGUGUACCCCGGUCUGUCUCUCGUUCGUACCCCGAUCUGUCUCUCGUUUCGUCUAAGUCGUUUUCCGUUCCCUUCACAUCUCUUUUUCUUGAGCACUUUCCACCAUUGGUUGCUCUGGGUCAUAUGUCAGUAUGCACCUAUGUGGUAUGUGGCUUGGCGCCCUCACCUUCCCCCGUUCACCCCUCCUUCCUCCCUGCUUAUUGCCUCUGUGCAGGAAACAUCCCAAAGAAACUUGUCGCCGCGCGAUGCUGCCGUCACCGCCGCAAGUUUCGCUCCUUUCUCGCAAUCCCCGACCACUCUCGCGGCACUUCUCUCCAUGCCACACGCGAACCAAUCAGCUAGUCUUAACGGGGCACUUUAUAACGAGUCAAUCGCUGCGCCCCUGCAUACUGACAAAAAUCCAAAACAAACCUCCAGUCAGUCAGCUCAAAUUGGCAUCAGUGACCGCCUCAUCGUCGUUCUUCGCGCGCUUGUGGUAACCGCGUACCUCCUUUCGCUCGUCGCCGCCGCCAACGCCGCCGUUCCGACAUGCGCCAGCCUCGCAGCUCAAGCUCCUUCGUUGAACCUCCUGCGCAAUGCGGGCUUCGAAGAAACGUCCGAUGCAGCAGACCGGCCCUCGUCCUGGGUGCCGCUCGUCCCCGGCGGCGCAGCAGCGCAGCAAGGGCAGGGGACGGGGGUCGGGGGAGGAGAAGGGGGAGGGGGAGGGGAGGUUCCGCCCGGGGACCCGUCCGUUGCGGCUGAGGGCGGUCGGUUCGUGCGGCUGCAGCCCAGCGACGGCAGUGGCGGCAGCGGUGGCGAGCUUUGGGGCAGCGGGGCGAGCGAGAGGGAAGGGGCAGUGUGGCCGGUGCAGGGACUGGGGCAGCUGCUGUGUGUCGCGGACGGGGGAGAGCAGCAGCCGCAGCAGCAGCAGCAGCAGCAGCAGGCAGAGUUUUCGCUGUAUUUCUAUGCAAGGGCGCGCGAGUGCAUGAUGGAUAUGUCUAUCACCGCUGGAGUGCGGCCGAUGCGAGCAAUGAUCGUUGCCGUGCCCCUGCCACCACCACCAGCCACCGCCGGCAGCACUGGCAGCAGCAGCGGCAACGUGGACGAAGCCGAGCUGGCCAGUGCGCUGGCGGCCGCGAUGAGCAGCGGAGAGAUGAUGGUGCUGCAUCAAUGGACCAUCGGCGUUCCCUGCCGGAACAACUCCUUCACUCUCUCGGGCCUGCUCCCCUGGCGCCAGCACGGGCCCUACUCCUUCCACCUCCCUCCCUCCUCCACCUCCGCCGCAUCUCUAUCCUUCCCGCCGCAAGGCGUUGCUCUGCACCUCGUGCUGCUCGAGGGCGCUGCGGCGGACAGCAGCAGUACGCCUUCUGAUGACCCGGUGGACAGUAGCAGCAUGCCCUCUGAUGGCUCUGUGGAACAGCCUGUUUCCAUUGACGUGCCCGUUCCCUUACCUCCCACCUUGCCUGGGGGUGUGUCUGUAGCAUCAGCGGCAGCGGUGGAAGGCGGGGCGCUGACGUCAGCGGCAGCGGCGGCGGGGAGCAUCGAUGUGGAUUUGAUCACUGUGGCUCCCAGAGGCACAGCGGCCUCCGCCCCGCCGUCCUUCUCCUACUCCCGAUUGACCUCCUCCUCUCCCCUCCUCACCUCCGGUUCGGCCCGCCUCCUCCCCUCCUCGCUGCGCCUCACCCCCCUCUCUCCCCCCCACCAAGCGGGCCUGGCCCUGCACCCCACGCCCUUCCCCCUCGUCUCCCCCGCCUCCCCCACCUCCCCCUGCCGCCCCUACUCCUUCUCCUCCUCCUUCUCCUUCCGCCUCUCCUCCCCCCACCCCGCUGCUCUCGGGGCCCACGGCUUUGCUUUCGUUCUCCUGCCCGACCCAACUGUUGGGCUGCCCGGGCCAAACAUGGGGUAUGGCAGAAGGCCUUACCGGCAGGAGGAGAUGUUUGUGGAGUUGGAAGGGGGUGAAGGGCAAUUGUGUGAGGUAGAGAACGGUGCCGUUACAUGCACCACGAUUGGCAGCAGCAGCGGCAGUGGCGUCACUCUCAACAGCAGCUUGCCACAUCAGCACAGCCUGGCAGUGGAGUUUGACACGUCAUCAACUCGUCUGUUUUUGGACCCAACCACUCACCACGUGGGGGUGAACAUGGAUUACAGCAUGACGUCAGCAGGCCAUGCAUCCGUGCACCCCGCGGGCAUCCCCUCGCUGGGCGGCAGCAAGACGCUGCAUGCGUGGGUGGGGUACAACGCCACGGCCUCGCUGCUCUCCGUGCGCCUCUCCUCCUCCUCCUCGCCCGCCAUGCCCCCCUCCGCCCUCCUCUCCCUCCCUUUCAACGCUUGCGAUUUUUUUCACUCUGCUUCGGCGAACGGAGGGGAGGGUGAAGCCGUGUUGGUGCAUGCGGGGUUUGCAGCCGGCACGGGGCUGCUGCCGCUGCACACUCAGGCACACGAUAUCCUCUCCUGGGCCUUCGAGGUGGACAUGCAAGCACCGGCGCCUCUCCCCAUGUGGCAGCCACCGUCGCUCUCCUUGCCCUUCCUCACGCCAGCCGCGCCCUUCACUGCCUCGGGUGCAGCUCGCCUCGGCUUCUCCUCGCUGCAACUCACCCCGGGCAACCACGACCAGGAGGCAGGCGCCGCCUUCUUCCCCCUCCCCCUGCCCUUGCUCUCUCUCCUCCCCGCCCCUUAUCCCCCCCGCAAGGGGAGGAACAAGGGCGGAAAAACCAAUGCACUGGUGUGCAAGGCCCGGUCCUUCACCUCGUGGUUUGCGUUUGAGCUCAAGGGAACAGACACGAAUGGUUUUGGAAUGGUUUUUGUUCUAAGUACCCGGCCGGGAGUGGGGCAAGGGGCGGCGGAUAUGGGGUAUGGCCGCGACGCAGAAGGGAGGGAUGCGAAUGGGACGUGGGCGGAUGGAGCGAGGAGUGUGGCGGUGAUGUUUGAUGCCUUUAGCGGCAUUGACCCUAACUACGACGACAUUAACAAGGAUGUGGCGAUUCUCUCUGUUCACACUAACUUUAACGUGACUCAGCGGCUUGCUUCUUCGUCUCAGAAGAAAUACAAAUCCCCAUUGCUGUACAGCAUGAGGGUGGACUACACGGCUGCCACUAAGACACUGGAGGCAGUGACUUAUAACGGAGCACAGAGGAUGGGGAGUGUGAAGCUGGCUCUUGACCUGUGCUCUGUGUUCUACGAUGGCAACAGCAGCACUGAAGGGGUGAUUCCGGUGUUUGCUGGGUUCAGCAGUGCCAGCACCCAGGCAUGUGUUCAGUCCAUCAAAUCGUGGACCUUCCGAUUCACAGCAGCCACAGGCACAUACACCAGCACGUGCUCGUGCCCUCUUAGCCAGCCCAGCUACAAGCUCCCCCAAAUGCCCGCCUUCCAGACGUGCUUCAAUGAGUUCCCCAUCUGUCGUCUUAACAGCACUGACACGUGUGCGCCUGGCGUGUGCCUGGAAGGCUAUGAUGCCUCCUCCUUCUGCCUCUGCCCGCCCGCCUUCUUCCCCCUCGACUACUCCAACCCCCUCAAGCAACCCUGUAACCAAGUGAGUGAGUCCGCUGUUCGAGUGCCCUUCUUCCCAGCGCCCCCCGGCCUCACAUGCCCUCUGCUGCUCGACAUCUUUGACCUCUCACCUCAACAGCUGUUGGACAGCAACAAGGCCAUUGCAUGUGACAAGCCCAUACCUCGUGGCUUGAUAGUCAAUGUCUCGGCAUCUUCUAACAAGAGCUGCACCAACAUGUAUACCACCAACCAGGUGAGGCAUGCGCAGCACCCACCAGCCCCUACCCCUCCCCCACCCCCCAUGCAUCCCCAUCCUCCCUGCAUCCCCAUCCUCCCUGCAUCCCCCCAUCCUCCCUGCAUCCCCAUCCUCCCUGCAUCCCCCCAUCCUCCCUGCAUCCCCCCAUCCUCCCUGCAUCCCCAUAUGCAUGGAGAACAACACCAGCGCCACCACCUUCCCCGUGGCGGCGUGCAUGGCUCACAAGGCUCUCCAGCCGGGCCUGCACACGUGCCAGCAGGUAACCGCCUUCGGCUACAGGUGACUUUUGAGUCGACUCAAAACCCCCCUGCAACAUCCCCCUCCGCCCUGCAGCGCGUGUGUGUGGACAACAACACCGACGCCCGCACCUUCUCCGUGGCGGCCUGCGUGGAUCACAAGGCUCUUGAGGCAGGCCUGCACACGUGCCAGCAGGUGGCCGCCUUCGGCUACGGGUGGAGCCUCAUGGGGUACCCAAAGCUCUUUCGCGUCAACCCCGCUCUCUACUGCGACCACCUGCUGCCCGGUGCAGCUGGGUGGGACGACUCUGUUCUCAAUACGGUGAGCUUUUUUGACUUGUACGUGAAAGUAUUGAACUUUCUGAUACGUGAAGCGCUUUAA